GGUGCGGGGGGCGGCCCCUGCCGCCGCAGAGUCUCCCUCCUUCGACAUGUUCGCGGAGGAGGUGGACCCCGCCAAGGUGCAGGAGCCCUCCUCGGCCAAGGAGGAGAAAAAGGAGUCCACCAGCACCGGUGCCGCAACGGCUGAGGGAGAGGACGAGCUGAUGUGGGAGUUCAAGUGGGAAGAUGCUGAGGACGCUCCGAUCUACGGCCUGCACACUUCGUCCCAGAUGCUGCAGUGGGUGCAGGAAGGCUACUUCCAGGAUGGCGUGUGGGUGCGCAAGGCGCACGAACGGGAUGCGCGUUUCUAUAGCUCCAGACGCAUCGACUUCGACCUUUACGUCUGAUGUGUUCGUUUGCGAGAAGACAGCUCCUGCCAGUUCUCUGUCUGGGAACGAAUUUUAAUUUCUGUUUUUCUCGUGGGCUAAGUACCCCUGGCCUCUUGUAGCGUUGUUGUUGGUUACGUUGAAAGCUGCAAGUUAUAGCUAAAUUCAGUGGCACUUGUCAUGUGGUGUGCCAUUUGUGUCUGUUUCUAUCGGGUCUUUAUCCUCAAUUGUUGUCUUAGAACGGGGACACAGGCCAUUCCAUGAAAAAGGUAACAUAUGCUUGUGACAUUCACCGUAGCUAAUGCUAAGGUGGAAAGAGGCAUUAUACCAUGAUGUUGGGCA